AAGUUAGUUUGAGGCGGGGCCCGCAGGGGGCGGGGUCUGAAGGAGGCGUGGUCAGGUAACUGGGCUGGGUUCCCACUAGGUGUGGUCUGGGAAGUCUGGGGCGGUGGCAAGGUGGAGGGCGGGGGUGACAGCAGCCCGGAGCCGCAAAGCCUCAGCUUCCGCCUGGACCCAGCCUCGUGGGAGCCCCGCGGGUCCUGCCCAGAUGUGGAAGACUGAGGCCUGUUGAAAGUGCAGAGCUCAGCCCUGGCACCUUCUGUCCCCAAGAGCUCCAUGCAGGUGCCACAGGAUGGAGAAGACCUUGCUGGCCAACCCUGGUACCACGGCCUCCUGUCCCGCCAGAAGGCUGAAGCUCUUCUUCAGCAAGAUGGUGACUUCCUGGUUCGUGCCUCUGGGUCCCGUGGGGGCCACCCCGUGAUCUCCUGCCGCUGGCGGGGCUCAGCCCUCCAUUUUGAGGUGCUCCGUGUGGCCCUGCGUCCCCGGCCAGGCAGACCCACAGCCCUCUUUCAACUGGAGGAUGAGCAAUUCCCCAGCAUACCCGCUCUGGUUCACAGUUAUAUGACAGGCAGGCGCCCACUGUCCCAGGCCACAGGGGCUGUGGUCUCCAGGCCUGUGACUUGGCAGGGGCCUCUGCGACGCAGCUUUAGCGAGGACACCCUGAUGGAUGGCCCAGCUCGGAUACAGCCUCUCAGGGCAAGGAAGUGGAGCAACAGUCAGCCUGCAGAUUUGGCACAUAUGGGGCAGUCAAGAGAAGACCCCGCUGGGAUGGGAGCCUCCACCAUGCCCGUAUCUGCCUUGCCCCGAACGGGCAGUGACCCCGUGUUGCUGAAGGCCCCCGCUCCCCUAGGAACUGUUGCCGACAGUCUCAGGGCCUCCGAUGGGCAGCUUCAAGCCAAGGCACCAACAAAGCCCCCCCGGACACCCUCCUUCGAACUGCCUGAUGCCUCUGAACGUCCCCCAACGUACUGCGAGCUGGUGCCCCGAGUGCCCAGUGUCCAGGGAACAUCCCCGAGGCAAAGCUGCCCAGAGCCAGAGGCCCCAUGGUGGGAGGCCGAGGAGGAUGAGGAGGAAGAGAAUAGAUGUUUUACAAGACCACAGGCUGAGAUCUCUCUCUGCCCCCCUGAUGCCCCCUCCUGCCUGCUGGGCCCCCAGAAUCGGCCCCUGGAACCCCAAGUCCUGAAUACUCUCCGUGGCCUGUUCCUGGAGCACCAUCCUGGGAGCACCGCCCUUCACCUGCUAUUGGUAGACUGCCAGGCCACAGGCCUCCUGGGAGUGACCAGGGAUCAGCGGGGCAACAUGGGAGUCUCAUCUGGCCUGGAGCUGCUCACUCUUCCCCAUGGACACCGCUUGAGGUUGGAACUGCUGGAGAGGCAUGAGACACUGGCGCUGGCCGGGGCGCUGGCGGUGCUGGGCUGCUCGGGGCCGCUGGAGGAGCGCGCAGCCGCACUGAGGGGCCUGGUAGAGCUGGCGCUGGCGCUGCGGCCAGGGGCGGCGGGGGACCUGCCCGGGCUGGCUGCGGUCAUGGGCGCCCUGCUCAUGCCCCAGGUGUCCCGGUUGGAGCACACGUGGCGCCAGCUCCGAAGGAGCCACACGGAGGCUGCGCUGGCCUUUGAGCAGGAGCUAAAGCCGCUGAUGCGGGCUCUGGACGAGGGCGCUGGACCUUGCGACCCCGGCGAGGUGGCGCUGCCGCACGUGGCGCCCAUGGUGCGCCUGCUGGAGGGCGAGGAAGUCGCGGGGCCGCUGGACGAGAGCUGUGAGCGGUUGUUGCGCACCCUGCACGGGGCUCGUCACAUGGCCCGGGACGCACCCAAAUUCCGCAAGGUGGCAGCCCAGCGCCUGCGAGGAUUCCGGCCUAACCCGGAGCUGAGGGAGGCCCUGACCACCGACUUCGUGCGGAGGCUGCUCUGGGGUAGCCGGGGCGCGGGAGCUCCGCGCGCUGAACGCUUUGAGAAGUUCCAGCGCGUCCUCGGCGUCCUGUCGCAGCGCCUGGAGCCUGACCGCUGAGAGCGCAGAUACCCUUCUUCACACCCGGGACCCCCAGGUUUUUGCGAACCCCAGAAGAGACCAAAGAAGUAGUCCCAGGCUCCUCACACCUCAGGUGGAAUCCUGCCCUGUGCCUCACAGAAGAGGUGGGGAGCGCAGUCAGGGUCAUCUGGGUCAUGGUGAACAUGUGACCUGCAGAUCUGGCAUCAGAGGCCAGAGUUCGAAUGUGACUCCACCUCUUAAAAGCCGUGAUUUCUAGCAGAUGACUUCACCUCUCUGUGUCUGCCUUUAACAAAAUCAUAGCCGUACAGCAGCUCAGGCCCAUAAUCUCAGCACCUUGGGAGGCCGAGGCGGAAGGAAGGCUUGAGGCCAGGAGUUCAAGACCAGCCAGGGCAACAUGGUGAGACCUCAUCUCUACAAAAACUGAAAAAUAAAAAACUUUUAAAAAAUGUAAAA